AUGUCAUCUCUCGUCGCCAACAGCAUCUCUUCUAACAUGCCAUCCCUCAUCACCAACGGAACCUCUUCGGACUUGUCACCUCACGCCACCAACAGCAUCUCCUCUUCCGUCUCAGCUUUCGACUCAUCAUCCACCAUUCCCCUCUGGCUUGACGGGAAUGAAGUCAAAUGCAGCGACACAUUUGACGUUGUCUCUCCUGUUGACCACCAGAUUCUCUACAAAUGUUCUUCUGCUAGCGAGGAUGAUGCGACAAGGGCCGUUCUUGCCGCGGAGAAGGCGUUCAAAUCAUGGUCCAAAACGAAACCAGACACCAGAAGAGACAUCUUCCUUCGAGCUGCAGAUCUCUUGGAACAGAGAAGCAAAGAGCUGCAUCAUUACAGCCGAACUGAGAUGGGGAUGGCGGAAAUGGUGUCCAAACUGGAGCUCGGCCUAGCCAUCAAUGCGUGUAGAUGCGUUGCGGGCUUGAUUCAAGUGGCAACCACUUCAUCUAUGCCUGUCGUCGCUGAGGAGGACAGUAACGCUCUGUUGGUCAAAGAGCCAUACGGUGUCGUUCUGGGGAUUGCUCCAUGGAACAUUCCUUACAUCCUGGGCUUGCGUGCUUGCUUACAGCCGCUGGCUAUGGGAAAUACGGUGGUGCUGAAAGGUCCAGAACAUGCGCCGGCCGUCCACUGGGCCAUCGCCUCGGUGCUCCAUGCCGCUGGCCUUCCAGCAGGAUGUCUGAAUACAAUAUACCACCGUCCAGCCGAUGCUGCGAAGAUCACCAAUACCCUGAUCAGCCAUCCAGCAAUCAAGAAGAUCAACUUCACGGGCUCAACCGCCGUCGGGGCAAUCAUUGCUUCACAAGCUGGCAAAUACCUCAAGCCCACCGUCAUGGAACUAGGCGGUAAAGCCUCGGCCAUCGUCUGCGAAGACGCCGAUGUCCAAGAGGCGGCUUUCCAUUGCUCACGCGGCGCAUUUAUCAAUGCGGGACAAGUUUGUAUGUCUACAGAGCGGAUCCUCGUCAACGCCAAGAUCGCAGAUGAAUUUCGUUCCGCCCUCAAAGUUGCGAUGGACGAGUUGUUCAGUGACAAGGGUAUGCCUACACCCCAGCUUAUGAGCGCGGUGCCGGUCCAGAAGAACAAAAGACUCAUUUCAGACGCCCUCGGCAAGGGGGCUAGGGCUCUGUACGGCGACCCUGGCCAUUCUGAGGCUUCCAAGACUCAAAUGCGUCCCAUCAUCCUCGAGAACGUUGAGCCCCAAAUGGACAUCUGGUACACCGAGUCUUUUGGCCCGACUGUGUCUCUGAUUCUCGUGCAGUCAGACGACGAGGCCGUCACCAUUGCCAACGAUACUGAAUACGGCCUGUCAAGCGCGGUAUUUACCCGGGAUCUCCGGCGUGGUCUCCGCAUCGCCAGGGAAAUUGAGACGGGCGCUGUGCAUAUCAAUUCUAUGACUGUGCACGACGAACCGGCAUUGCCCCACGGUGGCGUGAAGGGGAGUGGCUGGGGGAGGUUCAACAGUCUCAAAGGCCUUGACGAGUGGGCCAGGACCAAGGCGGUGACAUGGAAAGACUGA